UAAUUAUUCUACCAAAGUUAUUUAACUUGACUUGGUUUACUGUACAAAAGGAGUGUCAUCUCAUCUGUCAAACAAACAGAACGAACUAUCAGAAAGCAUUUGUCUACUUUCUGUGUAUUUGUCUGUGUGUCCACAUCUUUAUACGUGUAUUUGUGUAUUGUUAUGAAAUUAAUGUAUGUGCGUUGUUUUAUUUCGGCUUAAUAAAUUGCUGAAAGGAAAUGGAGGCAGUUCCAAAAUUACCUCUCAUAAGUUUCGAAUUGAAGACUAGCCCUGAAAACACUCAUUUUGGACCCAAAUUAAAACAGUAUAUAGGGGAAGCUUACAGAGAAGAUCCAGAUAGCUAUAGCAAUGAGAUUCAUCAAUUGGAAGGGUUGCGCUCUGCAGCUGUGCGCCCUAGCAAUGAUGCAUCUGGACUCAGUGCUCUCCUUAGAUACUUCUGCCAAUUACGAGCCAUACAAAGUAGAUUCCCAAUGGCUAAAGGACAACCUGUGGCCUGUUCUUUUGCUUGGAAAGAUCUCUAUGCAAAUAUGAGCUGUUCAUUAGCUGACAUUAGGUUUGAAUUAGCUUGUAUCCUUUACAAUAUUGGUGCUCUGCACACACAGCUUGCAUCAUCAGAACCUCGAACAUCAGCAGACAGCCUAAAAGCUGCCUGUACAAAGUAUCAAAAUGCAGCCUGGGCCUUCCAGUAUUUAAGGGAACAAUAUCCCCAGCCACCCGGGGUUGAUGUGUCAACAGAUAUUAUGAGGCUAUUCCAGGAGAUUUGUUUUGCUCAAGCCCAGGAAUGUAUACUUGACAAAAGCAUACAAGAUACCAAAAAACCCAGUGUUGUAGGUGCAGUGGCAACACAGGUACUCUUUUUCUACAGGAAUUCAUUAGCUCUAUUGGGCCCUUCAACUGGAACUGACAAUAUUCAUGAGAUAAUUGGAACUAAGCUUUACAAUUACUGGUACAGAUACUUAUCCUUUAAAACUGCUUACAUUGGAUGCAUAGUGUGUUUAUAUCAAGGGAUGCAUGCGGAAGAGCAGCAGAAAAUGGGAGAAAGAGUGGCAUACUAUCAGCAGGCAGCUGAGAAACUAAAUGAUGCUAGAAAACUGGCAAAAUAUAUAGAACCAACACAAAUAACACAAGAAGCUCUGAACUUCACCAACGAUGUGGUGGAAGGGAAGAAGAAAGCUGCUAAGAACGAGAAUGAGUUUAUUUAUCAUGAAGAGGUUCCAGAUAAAGACUUGUUGGUUGAUCUCAAACCUGUGUGCUUGGUUAAGGCUAUACCUAUCAACUUGAAUGACCCAGAGAUAUCAGGACCUGACAUAUUCUCACGCUUAGUCCCAAUGGGAGCUCAUGAAGCUUCUUCUCUGUAUUCAGAGGAAAAGGCCAAACUACUAAGACAUGUUGUUACUCAAGUGGAAGUCAAGAACACGGAACUGAUGGAAUUCAUGUCAUCCCUACAACUAGAGCAACUGGAUGUACUGGAUUCAGACCAAAAAAUACCCCAAGAAAUAGUAGAUAGGUGUGCAGCUAUGCAUGCUAAAACGGAAAUAAUACAAAUGCUUGUGGAUUCUAUGAAUAACUUGGCAGAAAUCAUAAGUGACGUUGAACACUCCUUAGCUGAUAUUAAAAACCUCAUUCAGGAGGAGACGGUCAAAGAGAAAGAGUACCAAAAGGUGAUGGGUCCCCGUCCCCCGUCCAUAGUUCAAACUGAAUUGUCUCGCGAGUUCCACAAGUACCAGGAAGCUCACGCGCGCACCAACGAGAGUAACCAGGUGCUGCACAAGGCGAUGACGCUGCACAUCGCCAACCUGAGGCUCCUGUCCCAACCCCUGGAGGUGCUGCAGGCCAAGAUACCCAGCAUUGAUAAUAUUGAAGGUCUGGACCGCAGCACUAUGUCUGAACUCCGGCGCGUGGUAGGCAAGGCUAGAGAGAUGCAGACACAGCGCGACGUAUUAGUUCAGCAGCUGCGGGAUUCUGUCACUUCAGACGACAUCACCGGCAAGCUGCUGGCCAGCUCCGAGCCUGCUGACGAACUGUUCCGACGUGAGCUGGAGAAGCACACGCCCAAGGUGAAGGUAAUUGAGCAGAAUCUAGCAGCCCAGGAGAACAUUAUCAACAAACUGACGUCUUUGUAUGCCUCUUAUGGAGACUCGCGGCGACUGCUCGCUGACGUGCUGAGAAAACGAGAGGGACUUAUUAAUGCGCUGAUAACAUCCUACGAUACGUACUCCGAACUGCUGGGCAAGUCUCAGAAAGGUCAGGAGUUUUACAACAAGUUGGCUCACAAUGUGAACCAACUGCUGGCCCGCCUGCGCAGCACUUGCCAGGUGCAGAGGGAAGAAAGAGAACAGUUACUGGCCACGCAUUCCAGCAAAGCGGCUGUCCCCACCACGUCGACGGCAGUGAAGACAACGGAUCCCGUACCGCCGCCCUCUACCGGCGGUUCUCGGAAACUGAAAGACUACCUGCCCUACAUGAAGAAUAGAAACGCACCACGCAGUGUCACACCGCAAGCGCAAAUCGAUCCUAUGCCGGCAGAUACCUACUACCCGGAGUCAAUUUACCCUACAUCAGUUAGGCCGACACCUGUGGGAUCCGAAGCAACAGAUAUGGCUCAAAUGAAAAUGCCGGACGGAGUUGUCAUGCCCCAAGGGGUGCAAAACUUCAACGCGUACAAUCGCAUAUCUACUCCGUACGCGCCAAGCGGAAAUGAACCUUAUUCUUUACCACCCAACUAUAAUUAUGGCAUGACUGGGAAACCUUACGACAAACCCGAAGACAACUACGGUUAUUCCACACCCUACACACCACCACAGUAUUCGACGCAAGUCGCCGACCCACAGAUAUAUUCCAAUCCCUAUUACAGCGCGACGCAAAACAACGGCACCGUAAUGACAGACUCGCAAAUAUCGAAUCCGUACACGAACAACGUGCAAGCGAAUGUGGACCCUAACACCAGUCAAUACAGCCCUUACAGCGAUCCGUACGCAAACCAACAGCCUGCACAGGAAUCUGUACCUUACAACGCUCCAAAUCCAAACGAUAACAAUAUGAACGUGAGCUUCGCCCAAAUGCAGAUUUCCUACCCCAAACAGGAAGCGAAUCCGCAACCCACGCCGCCACCACCCAAUUACGGAGCGGAUUAUUCGCAGACCUACUACAGCGUUCAAUAUCCACAAUCCGCGACCCCGAACAACGCGACUUACAGCUACGCGACACAAAACUGCAAUACAAGCAUGACGCCGUCACAGAUGCCGACAGACUACGCUACCUUGAACUAUCCUUACACCACUGACCCUCAAACCCAGCAAGUUCCACAAUUAGAUCCAAAUACACAGCUGCCUUACAGCAGUGCUGAAUACAACUAUACUACCAGCGCUUAUGCUAACGUGUCCCAAGGGUACACUUUAUACACAAACGCAGACAGCAACGUGACCUCAACUACGAGUAUAUCGAAUCCUGCAGUCAGCGCUGCGCAGCAAUAUCCUUACCAAGAACCAGACACUUCUCAACAAUACGUCACACCUUCUCUAUCCCAACUGGACGCUUACGAUAAACCUAUAAAGUCUCACGUGACAGGAGAAGCGCUUUCCACGAACGUCGGCUAUCAAUCGAACUACCAAAGCUUCGAUCAAAAUACAGCGUCCGCUUACAACAAUCCGUCAGAUCAAAACUACCAAUCCAAUACCCCUUAUUCGUAUCCCGACCAAUCGGCGAACGUGAAUUUCGUGCAAACCUAUCAGAACCAUCCGGGUUACACAUUCAACCCGGCCACAGGAAGUUACGAGUACGCAUACGGCUCACAGAAUUCCUAUAACACGAAUUACGGUACGGAACAAUCCAACAUGAAUCCGCAGUCGAUUGUGAAAGAUUUGAAUCAGCCAGCGCAUGGGACGUAUACAAAUGCGGGUACUUGUGAAACGGUACAGUCCCCUUCGGAAACUACUCAGAGUAUCUUGCCGCAACAGAUUGCUGGAAAGACUGGUGGCGAUCAGACUUAUUACAACGCCCCUUAUGGCUACCAGACCACGGAUCAGUCGCAUGAAACUGUGGCCAAUUCCCAACCAGAUACGACGAACUAUGGUGCUAAUAUCAACCAGUCUACGUACAUGCAAUCUGGGCAAGGUCUCGACACCAGUGUCACCUAUGCCAGCAAUCAAGUCUCAUCUCCUAAGGCGGAAGUUCAGGAACCGCCAAAUUUUGACCAACAUACGAAUGACGGUAACCAACUAGCGCCGACUCCUACAGAGAACGUUAGUAAAGAAGUCGAGAAACCAAUAGAAAUAAAACUGGAAGAGAAAUCGGAACCUUCUGUUUUCGAUCUUCUAUCUGACAUCGAUUUCAGUGUCGAACAAAAGCCCCUUAUGCCCGAGAUAAAAGUGCCCCAGAUAUCGGAAAAGGCGAUCGUGAAACCGGUUGUGGUGCCAAAACUGGAACCUGUUCAGAAGCCUGUGGUCAAAGAAGAGAUGUUAGAGCGACCGGCGAAGAUGGACCUCUUUUCAGAUCCGAUGCUGUUGAAUAACUUCACACGAGAGAUGAAAGAGUUGAGAAACUUGGUGGAGAAAUUGGACAACAAAUUGUCUAGUGAGUUCUUAGAUGCCAAAUGGAAGAUUUAUCAGGCGGUUCAAGAGAACACCAAUAUGUGUAAAUCUAAAACGGCCGCUCUUCAGCAUGGCGAGGGCCGUAACCCUAAAGACGUGGUGCCUUACGACGAUUCAAGACUGAUGCUCAAAUCUGAGCCAAACGCGUAUUUCAACGCCUCCUAUUAUAAGCAAUUAGCUUCGUGGUGUAUUCCUUUAGUGAUCUCAAAGAACCCCUCUGAAAAUGAACACGGCAUUUUCUGGAAAGCAAUAUUAGAAAACAAAAUAAGUGUCGUUGUGUGUCUGCUCAGUGAAAUCGAGAUGCAAGGCAACACGUACUGGCCGACGGCUAAGGGUCAAUGCUUGGAACUGGGCGAUGUCAAGGUGACAUUGGAUGAGGUGUCGUGCACUGUACACUGGACGGAGCGCAAGCUGAGUCUCGCCUAUCGUAAUGCUGUGGCGCACGUGACGCAUUAUCAGAUCACCGUGUUCCCUGACAAGAUUGUAUGCCCGCCUCUGGUGAUGCUGGCGCACGUGGUGCUACAGCAGACUUAUAACGGGCGGCUCAGCAACCAGCUGGGAGGCGCCUGCGUGCAGCACGGUGCUGGAGCCGGGCGCGGCGCCGUGCUGGCGCUGCUGGUGAUGCUCAUGUGCCAGGUGCGCGCCGGCCACCUGGCGCUGUGCGAAAUGCUAGAAUCUGGAUGCGUUAACCUCUGCAAGAAUAGAACUAACGUGCUAGAAGAUAAGAAGUAUUUGGUGGACGCGUACAAAACAGCAUUGUUUUACGUGCAGGGCGUCUUCUGUUCAGGUACCACAAUGUUCAACGGCGAAGCGGUCUCAGUACCUUCAGGGGCGGGUGUUUUGCCCCCCGUACCGCCUUCAUCUGCCCCCUCCCCUUCCCCUGCGUCUACCCCCACCCCCUCCAAUCCACACAAGGGCAAGUUCUCCCGUGAGUCCUUCGAAGAGAUGAAGCAGUCGCCAGGACUCAAGAGCGGCGACAUGAAGGACCCCCUGAACUUCCUCGACCCACUGUGGAGUCUCAAGAGGAAGUGAUUAACGAGUCAACGCUGGAAAGGACUUGUGCAAAGCUCGGAAGUAUGUUAAUCCUGUCGAUAAGAGUUUUAGGAGGAGUAUACGGCACCAUUUUCGUGCGAGUAAGUUUUGAAAUAGUAAUUUGAUUCUUAGAGUUAUUGUAAUGUGAUCACGUCAUUUUGAUGUUUUUAUUUUAAGUAUUUUUACUACUGGAUGUUAUGUAGAAUUUAAAAUAUUAAGAAUAGGGGUGAUGCCGGGGUACAGUAAACGAAAUUCUAUUUAGUCCGUUAGUUAGAUGAUCAAAAAAUAAUGGACACGUAUUUUUUCUUUGGGCAAUCAACCAAAAAAUGACAAAGUUAUAGCGCGUCAAAGUUUGGGAGUAGGGGCUCGUGACGUCACUUUUGAGUGAAUUUUCACUUAUAAAUGUACUCAAACGUGACGUCAUGCGACUUUUCAAAUCAAUAUAUCUCUGCAAUGUUUAUAUUAUGUGAAAAAAGAAAAAAUACGUGUCCAAUACUUUUUGAAAAUCUACCUGAUAAACGAAGAAAAAAAAAUUAGUCAUCAUCCCUAUUGUAUCAGCGUUACUUGUUGCAUAGAUUUGAGUUAUUCCAUUAUGUUUUUAAUUGCAUGAGACUUAGUACCUUCAAUCUAAUGCAAUAAAGACUGCUUUACAUUGUCAUAUGGAAAAUGAAGAAAAACAAUGAAUUUUUAGUUGUCCUUCUAAUCAAACAAAAUGUGACAACGCUGUGAUAGGGACUAACAUACUUUGGGCGGUUUGAGCUUUAUUUCUCAUUAUGAAGCAUUUGUGUAUAAAUAUUAUAUAAUUUGAUGAUUAGAUUAAUUAAAUGUAUUUAUAUAUUAUAUUGAUUGUAAAUGUUUAUUUCAACAUUUUAUUACAGUUUUCUAUCAUUAUAUAAAAAUAUCGAAUGUAUCAAUUCGGAACCAAUUUCCAUAGAAUUUAAUACAUCGCUCUAUGAAGAGUUGUUUUUGUUAAAUCAAAUUUGCAGUUUAUAAUUAUGUACUAAUUGAGGCAUUUUU